CAGUGCUUCCAAGUUGUGCCAUAGCGUCAUCGCGACAUCUAAAGCAGCGCACGAUGUUGAAGACGACAUUUCAAAGUGGUGCAAAGGAUUUCGCUGUAGCACUGAAACUUGUGGCUCGGAGUUCCUGGCGAAUAAGCGCGCAAUCAUGGAUUGCAGUCCCUGCCGGGAUUCUGGCCAUGUUAUCAGCAUGCUUCGGUGUCGAUAUGCUGCUGGAGAUGGGAGGCGUCUCGUUUCCGGCUUCUGUUGCAUGUCUCAUCAUCCUCUUUCUGGCGCUUCUGCUUUCGGAAUGGGUUCUUGGCGAGCAUCGCACGCGUCGCUUUGUCGGCUAUGUUGAUAUUUCAGGAGGCUGGUCACUGCGCUGGAUCAGCAUCUUCUUCACGCCGUCGUUUGUAUUGCUGCCUCUGAGUCCACCCAUUGGAGUAAUUGAGGUGUUCAAGAUCAUAGCCGUAUUUGUCAUUGGCUUUCUGUUAAUGAUGGUAGUCACAGCAUACUUGACCCGCGCCAUUCAGCUAGCUUCAGGGACCUCAAAACGUACCCUGACAGAGCGUGCUGAGGAGCUUGGUCCUCAGGGUGAUGAGAUACCAAUGACCACCACCCCGGUGAAUGGCGAACAGCGCGAUGCUUUAGCAUUAUCGCCUGCAACGUCGUCGUUGAAUCUCACGAUCCCGUCGCCGGCUGCUGCUUCUCAGACGACCUCACAGAUCCGACUCCAUGACCCAGAGCCAGUCACACCUCCGGAGGCAAAUGGAAACGGUGAACGCUCAGAGCUCCCCCCACAAGCGCCGCCGCCACCUUCCCGAGCGCAGAAUUGGGCACUUGUCAUUGUCCGACAUCUUGACGUGCUUACGUAUAGUUUCCUGUUUAUGUUCGUGGGCAUCCCGGCAUAUUAUGCUGCUGGCUAUGGCAUGCCGACGCAUCUGAGUAUUGGGGUUCUCACAUACUUCGGUGCUAUCGCCUUGCCCGCUGCUUGGAGGCGAUACCUUCAUCCUGUACUGGUCUCAUCCUUCGCUACUGUUCUCAUCAUCUGGGUGCUUGGCCUUGCCAUAAGUCGUGAUCUAACAACCACUUUGACUGAAUACCGCACUGGGGUCAAGUACCUACAGCUCUGGAAUGGCAGCCAUGAGCUCCCCGGAGCUGGUGAUAUCCUGUCAAGCGUUCUGGAUGCGAGCAUUGUUGCUCUAGCACUUCCGAUGUACCAGUAUCGACGAGAACUUCGCCAGCAUUUCUUUGCCAUAGUGACGCCAAACAUUCUCGUGUCUAUAGCGUCUCUAUUUGCGUACCCGUAUAUUUGUUAUACUAUUGGCAUUACUGCGGAGCGCAGUUUAGCAUUUGCUGCCCGGAGUCUCACACUCGCCCUCGCAACACCCGCCGUGGUGAAUUUGGGCGGCGAUACAUACACCGUUGCGGCAAUUGCCAUUGCGAGUGGCAUCGUUGGUGUUCUCGCUGGGCAGCAGAUUCUCGGAUGGCUCAAAAUACCUGAAGAUGAUUAUGUCACCAGAGGAGUUACGCUCGGUGCGAACUCAUCAGCUAUUGCUACUGCAAUGCUUCUGCGCACUGACCCACGUGCAGCGGCAUUGUCGAGUCUUUCAAUGGGCCUAUUCGGCACUAUUACUGUAUUGUUCACAUCAAUACCGCCCAUCGCGAACGCCAUCAGGUCUUUGGUUGGAUUCUAAGUCGAAAGACGAGAAUGUAUCGAAGGACCACGAUCACUAGAAUAAUAAUUAUGAGUAAACAAACAAAUAGCGACCGUUUCACAUAUAACUUAUUACAAUUAUAUAUAUAUAUAACUAGCAGGGUCUCCAAAGCCAUAGUUAUAUGGUAAAAU